UUGAAUUUCGAAUUCUAAUCUGAUUUUAAUACCUGCAUUUAUAGAUUAUACAAUUCAACGGACUGGAUUUCUCUUUUAAUUUUUUCUUCUACCUUGUGUAUAUAUGCAACGCUCAUUUCAUUGAUUUUUUGUUCUACCUUGCCAAUUACAAAGCCUCAAUCAGGCCUUUUCGAGUUUCAAUCACGGGAUUUCCUCUCUCGGGGUGAGCCAGAGUCGAACCCAUGACCUGGGACGACAGAGGAUAAACCCUUAACCACUGGGAUUUCCUCUCUCUUGUUAAUUUGGUUUAUUAAUACUCGGGUGAUUUCCCAGUCCUUGGUACCAAAAACUGUAUAAUUGAAGCUUCUGAUAACUCUGGUAUCGUCUCGCGUUAUUAAUGUAUGAGGAGGCAGUAUUGGAAAGUAGUGUUAGAAAUCCGCACUUGAAUUCACAUUUCAUUUGCUUUGGUGUAGAGAUUGCUUCCACCAUUUAUGUCUGACAUAAAAGUUUAAAUUUGAAGGAACAAUCAUGAAGAAGUUCUUUUUCGGAUCCUCUGGAUCUAGCAAAGCAAAUGGAAAUGCAAGUUCACAACUGUCAAGGGAUAAACCAAGUCAAAGUGGGCUUAAAAAUCGAGUUCCUGAAAACCAGAGUUCUGCUUCUACUCCAACUUUAAAGAAGAGCCGAACGUAUUCAUCUGGAACAAUUCACGAGAGUGGAAUAGGGCAAAUGAAGUUUUCUUUCUUUAACAACAGAAGUGGGUCUCCUUCCAGGAGUGAAACUUCACAAAAUCUUUCUGACAACCGGUCUACACGUUGUCGUACCCCUACUCCUGAGAGGAUAUCUCGUGCUAGUUGGAUUGAAGAUGAUACCAUUCAAAGUUCUCAUGGACCAGAAAAGCGUGAAUGUUUUAAUAAUGCUGUUCAUAGCAUCGAUUCAUCAGAAAGCUCUUCACAUUGCUCAAGUAAUGCCUCAAUUAAAAUGGUGGACCGCUACAUUGAUGUGGAACAAGUGCAUGCAUGCAAUGUAUUGGAGAACCAAUCUUCCCAAAGAAGUCAGGUUGUAAGUGGAUAUGGUGGUGGAACACGUCCUCCAAGGGUUCAGUACACAUCACCAGUGUUAGGCGAUGGUGUGAAACAGAAGCCAAAGUCCCAAUCUUUUAGAGAACCAAGGGGAUCUGAUCAGUAUUUUUCAACUAGAGAUUGGGUAGAGAAUGAUUUUGAGCACGAGUCCCCACGAAAACUUGCAAAACAUGUUAUUGAAAGACUUUCUCAGUCCCAUGUUCUUCCUAGAGUUAGAUCCAAAUCAUGCGUUUCUGAUGUUCCCAUUACAAUCGAGGACAUAUAUGGUGAGCCGUCACUUGAAUCCCUCAACAUCGAUUCGGAUGGAAGUCACCAAAGCAAAGUCACGAGGUUCUUGGAACGGAGGUUAUCUAUAGAUAAUGCAGAGAAUGCAGAAGACAUUGAUAUGGAAUUAAUUAGUAAAUCUAAAAAGGCCGAGGCAGUGGCCAGGAUUCUUACAGAAGAGUUUCAAGAGCAUAAAUUUCUUCAGGGUGGUGGGUUCACUGUGCCAGAGUUGAUUCAAAUAAUCAACGGCUUAGCAGAAGACAAACUUAAAAUGGCAUGCGAGGUUUCAGCUGUCUUAAAUGAUCGAGUCAUUGAGAGGGCUUCAGCCAGAGAAGAGCUUAAACUAGCAAGAAUAGAAUUGGACUCAACAACUCGAAAAUUAGAGAAAGAGAAGAGUGAUUUGCAGUGGGAACUGGAGAAAGAGCUAGAUAGGAGAUCAAGUGAGUGGUCAUUCAAACUUGAGAAGUUCCAGACAGAAGAGCAUAGGCUUCGUGACAGGGUUAGGGAGCUUGCUGAGCAAAAUGUUUCACUUCAAAGAGAAGUCUCUGCAUUUCGUGAGAAGGAUAUUGAUAGUAAAGGGCGCAUUACAUCAUCAGAACAGCAGCUACAGGACCAAACUGCAAGAAUGGAAGAAUUGGGGGAUGAAAAUCAAAAUCUCCAGCAACACAUUAUAGAAAUACAAGAUAAGUAUAAGGCAGCUCAAGAGGACCGUAAUUGCAUUCAAAGGAAUUAUAUGGAGAGGGAAAAAGAGUGUAAGGAUCUACACAAGUCGGUUACUCGGAUGCUAAGAACCUGUUCUGAACAGGAGAAAACAAUUCUUGGGUUACGUGAAGGACUGAGAGAGGAAAUCAGAAAGAAGACUUUCUUGGAUAACUUUGACAGUCAGUUAGGUAAGCUGCAGAUGGAACUAGUGAGACUGACAGGAACUGAACAAACUUUAAGAAAUGAGGCGGAGUCUUAUAGGCGUGAAGCUGAUUCUUUGCGGCAUGAAAAUAUAAACUUAUUAAAUCGUCUUAAGGGCACUGGGAAGGAGGACAUGCCUAACAUCAGGCUAGAUCAGGAACUUUUGAGUCGUGUUAACUGUUUACAGAACCAGGGUCCAAAGUUGCUUAAUGAGUGUAUGCAGCUUUGCAUGACCUUACUAGAGCACUUAAAAGAGAAAGUGGGCCAAUCUGCUGAUAUUAACCACAGAUACGAAACAUUCAAAAAUGGUUUAGAUGGACAGUUUAUUGUUGAAUCUGAUAUGAAAUUACAUGGUUUUAAACGUCGUGCUGAAAACCUUAUACGAAGUUUGCAAAAUGUAUCUUCUUUGUUGCAAGAGAAAGGGUGGAUUGAUACUGCAGAACCUCAAUCUCAUAGCUUGAUAGAUCAGUCAGGCCAGACAAAUGAUCAAAAAUCAAAGGAUGAGUUAAUAUCAGAGCUCAAAGCAGAACUGUUGCUAACAAGCUUACUACGAGACAAAUUGCGCUCACAGGAGAUGGAUAUUGAGCAACUUCAAGCUGAACUAGCAACAGCUGUUAGAGGUAAUGAUAUUCUCAGAUGUGAAGUAGAACAUGCGGUAGAUAACAUAUCCAGCAUGAACCACAAGUUGAAAGACCUUGAACUUCAGAUGAUUAAGAAGGAUGACAGUAUUAGCCAUCUUAGAAGUGAUCUGCAAGAAUGUACAAAAGAACUGACAAUCGUGAAGGGAAUCCUGCCUAAAGUUUCUGCAGAGAGAGAUGAAAUGUGGGAUGAGGUGAAAAGGUACAGUGAGAAGAACAUGUUGUUAAAUUCAGAAGUUGCUGUACUAAAGAAAAAGGUGGAGAACCUCGAUGAAGAUAUACUUCUUAAAGAAGGUCAAAUUGCAAUUCUGAAAGACAGCAUGGGCAAGCAUUAUGAGCUUCUUGGCAGUCCACUGGAUCAAGAAUUUCUGCUCGAAUAAUUAACCUGUUGCAGAGUUUCUUGUACAUCUCCCUCUUCCCUUUUUCUCCAUGUAGUUAGCUUCUCACUUUUUGGCGAGAUCUAUACCAUAGACCAAAAGAUAUACUUCCCUGAUACUGUAAUUAGUCUCAGUCUUCACAACAAAUGUCGGGUUUGAGAUUGUGGAUGUAAAGAAAUUUUUGAUAUAUAAUGCUUAAUGCACCUGUGUUUUCGUGAUCC